AUGGAUUACUUUCGCGAGAAUGAUCCUUUUAAGUGGUCACUUGUAAGUUUUUUAAAAUGGAGAGCUUACAACAUAGUUUUAAAAGACUGCGCUCAAGAACACGGUGCGUUCAAGUCUUUACUCAAGAACAUCGUUAAUAAUGACAAAGACAACAUUCGUACACAGAAGGCGAAGGAACUACUUGAUAAUUGGCAGGAAAUUAAAUGUUCCCCAGAAGUCAGGAUGUUCUGGAAUGAUCUCAAGACUCAAAAUUUACAUCAAGAUAUCGAGUACGCCAAAACUCGUAAUGAACUGAAAUUGUUCCAAAUUGAAUCCGAAGAUGAUAGCGAUUUGUCAGAAGAUCAGAGUAAAAGUUCAGCAGAAAGCCAGCUUAUAACAAUAUUUGUCAUUAUCUAUUCCAGCACGUUAGAUAGAAAUGACGAAGAAUUGGUAAACAAAAGCAUUGUACAAGAUGAUGGAUCUCAAACUCCUCCUCAUCAAAUUGUCAGCAACACAUACAACCCAGCAAUAUCAAUUAACGAAAAUAUUUUAAGAAUGUCUGCUGAAAGUUUAGCGAGUUUAGAAGAACCAAAGUUUUUCAAUGAAUUUAUCCCACAUUUUCUAAAAUAUAAGGAAUUAGAAAAAGAUAAUGCAUUUUCUUGUACAAAUGAUGACGUUAUGGACAUUCGAGGAGAUAGUGGGUUUUCAAAAUUUUUGUCAAUGAAUGAAUAUAUAAAAUUACUAUCAAAAAAACCAAAAAGGAAUGUUAAAUUACCGGAUCAUUGGUGUAAUAUUAUAGAAGAAUACUAUAAGGAAACAACGGAACGUGGAUCAAGAAAAAAUAUUUCUGAUUGGAUUCGCAUUACAAAAGAGUUGAAUGUUCUAAAAAAGGAAGAUACUGAAAAUAUAAUAAAACUUAAGGAAUAUUUAUAUCGAGCUAUGCUUCCAUUAAUUGAAUCAUUCACAAAACCGAUCCCAGAUAUCAAUGCCUCAAACAGUAGCGAACACCAUUAUUGGUCAGAAUUUGGUCAUCGUUUUUUUUCAAAUGCGUUACAAAAUUUUGUAAAUUUAGAUUGGAGAGCCAUGGAAGUCCCUGUACAGGCUUCCAAAUACAGAAAAAAUUACGGAUAUAACCACGCGAUAGACAAAGUGGUUGAUGGAAAAUAUGCCGACUUAUUGGCAUGGAUGUGGAAAACUGGCGAAGAAAUCUUUAUCGGGGAACAAGCUGGGCCUCCUACUCAACCUGACCUCACAAAAUUAGCUACGGAUUCUUUUAAAUUAUACAGAGAAAUGAGAGAUUGCCUGAAUUCUAGAAUAUUACGUGCUAUGGGAAAAGGGGACAUAAAUUAUAAUAACCGUGCUGUUUUUGGAGCAUUAGGUUAUCUUUUCGAAAUCAAAAUGCUUAUAAUGUGGAAAGAUGGUGUGUAUGUAUAUGAAGAAUAUGGAAGUUUAAAUAUUGCUUCUAAUUCGGAUCAGAUUUCUAUGAUGAAGGCAGAUAUGCUAAAAUUGCUGGAAUUUAUGAUGAUCAUUAAAACCGAAAUGGAAAAUACUAUGACAACAGAAUAUAAUAGUGAUUCGGUACAGAUUUUAAAAAGAAAAUUUAAUGAAAUUAUUCAAACAAAGCCAUCGCCUUCAAAACCCAGCUCAUCGGCUUGGCUCGGUGUGCCCGCAUCCUCACGCUCAGUUUCUCCAAGCCAGUGGUGGUCUCAAAUUCUGUGA